AUGGCCCAAGCCGUUGCCGCCGCAUUUUAUCGGCCUGCAGAGUGGCAGCGCCAAUCACACGUUAUCAUGGCCUGGCCUUCAGCUCAUAACGAUGCCUAUAUCGACGACCCGGAAGACCUCAAGGGAGCAACCCGAGAUAUUUCGUCUAUUGCUGAGGCCGUUGCUCUCUUUGAGCCAGUGACCCUAUUGGUGACGACACCUCGAGUGCGCGACGCCGAGAAGCGUUUCAAGAAAACAAAGGAUAUCAGCAUCUUGCCUGUUGAGGGAUACGACAAGCUGGAUUUGUGGAUGAGGGACAUGGCACCAACGUUUGUCCUCAAUGACGAUAACAACAAGUCCCUCGUUCACGGUGUCGAUUACAACUUUAACGGCUGGGGCAACAAGUAUCCGGUCGACUCAUGCAAAUCACUCGCGACCAUGAUUCUGGUAGAAGAGAAAAGGCCCCGUGUGGGCACCUGGCUCGUCACGGAGGGCGGGUCUCUUGAGGUCGACGGUGAUGGAACCUUGCUGGUCACUGAGGCCUCCAUCCUCAACGCGAAUCGGAACCCGAACAGAAGUCGCCAGGAGGUCGAGGCUGAGUUGCGCCGCACACUUGCUGUAGAGAAGAUAAUCUGGAUCCCUGGUCGACCAAACCUCGAGGUGACCGAUUCCCAUAUCGAUGGACUUGUGCGAUUUGUCUCACCUGGCAAAGUGCUCUUGAGCAGGCCGAGUGAGCUUAGCGACGACAUCUGGACCCGCAUUUACAGGGAGGCCCGUGGAAUCCUCUCAAACACUACGGAUGCACGAGGCCGAAAGCUCGAAAUCGUCGAGGUAGCGGAAGCGGAUAUGUAUUCGCUUGGACUGGACAAGAAGACCAUUCGAGGCAUUGAAGAGGGGCGAGAAGAUCCGCCUGCCUUGAAUUACGUCAACUACCUGCUCGUCAAUGACGGUGUGAUCUUCCCGCAGUUUGGCGAUAAGGCGGCGGAUGCGGCCGCGCUCAAGACCAUCAAAGGGUUAUAUAAGAACAGGGAGAUCGAGCCAGUCACGGUUGACCACCUGGCGUUCCUGGGUGGUGGCAUUCACUGCUCAACGCAGGAGGUACCCAUGCCUUGA